AUGGCGAUCUCGAGGCUGGUCUGGGCCCUGGCGGCGCUGGCUGCUGGCGCGGCGGCGGCGAGCCACAAGGACGUGGCGGUGAGAGUCUCGAAGAAAGUGGAAAACGGCGGGGGCUCCCGGGGCACGGUGGUCUGCUACUACCAGACGUGGGCGUACAAGCGACCCGAGCCGAUGAAGUACGACAUCGAAGACAUCCCCGUGGACCUGUGCUCGCACCUCAUUUACUCCUUCGUGGGCCUCGACAACAAAACCUGGACCGUCAACAACAUCGACGAGGACUUCGACAACAAGCAAGACGGAUUGCGUCGAUUCGUGGGCCUCAAGAAGAAGCAUCCUCAUCUGAAGACUCUCCUCGCCAUUGGCGGCUGGGACGAGGGCGGCAAGAAGUACUCCGAGAUGGUGAGCGACAAGGCCAAGAGGAAGACCUUCGUCAAGAGCGCCCUCGAAUGGGUGCUCAAGUACAGCUUCGACGGCUUCGACCUGGACUGGGAGUAUCCGGGGGCGUCAGACAGGCAGGGCAAGUACUCGGACAAGGAGAACUUCCUCGAGCUGGUCAAGGAGAUUCGGGUAGCCUUCGACGAACACAAGCUCCUGCUGACCUGCGCCGUACCUGUCGCCAAGUUCAGGCUUGACGAGGGAUACGAGGUCGAACAGCUGGCCAAGCUCUUCGACCACAUUCACGUCAUGUCGUACGACCUUCGCGGAAACUGGGCUGGAUUCGCCGAUGUGCACAGUCCUCUGUUCAAGCGGCCGUUUGACCAGUGGGCUUACGAGAAACUCAAUGUCGAUGACGGCCUCAAACUGUGGGUGAGUCGCGGGGCUCCGAAGCACAAGCUCAUCGUGGGCAUCCCCCUGUACGGCCGCACCUACACUCUGGGCAGCAAGGAGAACCACGGGCUGCGCGCACCCAUCGUCCAGUGGGUCGAGGGAGGAACCCCGGGAGAGUUCACCAAUGCGACCGGGUUCCAGGCAUACUUUGAGGUGUGCAAGAACGUGAAGGAAAACGGGUGGACGAGGCGUUGGGAUAAAGAUGGCCGCUGUCCAUACGCUUUCAAGGACAACCAGUGGGUCGGCUACGAGGACGAGGAGAGUGUGGCUAUCAAGAUGAAGUACAUCAAGGAGCAGGGCUACGGCGGUGCCAUGGUGUGGGCGGUCGACAUGGACGACUACCGCGGAGAUUGCGGCCGCAAGAACGCGCUCAUGACUAUCAUCCACGAGUCCGUCAAAGACUACGUUGCCCCGGCGCCCGCCCCGAACCCUACCGUUCCCGAGGGAGCGAAACCAGGCGCUCCAGAGGGAUCGAAAUCGACGGUGUCCCAAGGAACGACGACCACGACGACUCGCCGGCCUCGGCCCCCGCCGGGACACGUGAAAUGCGAGGACAACACGUUCGACUUCUACCCGCACGAGACCGACUGCACCAAGUUUUACCAGUGCGUUCACGGCAAGCCAAUAGAGCUUAGGUGCAACAACGGAGCUGUGUGGGACUUGGACCAGAGCAUCUGUAACUGGCCAGCGAAUGUAAAAAGACCAGAGUGCUCGACGGAGAAGACGAAAGACGCUAAGGUGUAGGACAAUAACUGAGCGAGCAAGAAACGUGCGGUAGCCAUAUCCCAUGAACUUGAUGUCCACAUCAUCUUCAAAACCCGACGUACGAAGCCUAACUUUUAAGAUAAAUAAAAAUAAAAGAUACAAAAGAGCGAUAGAGUUGAAACUAGGCACAUCUUUACGUGGCUUCUUCAUAGAGGUGCCUAUGAGGGCAGGAAAAAAAACACACAAAAACAAAGGACACACAAUGAAAAAUUC